AUGAAUGAUAAAAGUUAUUAGCUUAAUACUUCUUAUGAUUCUUAAGGAACCUUACCACCAAAAAAUAAACAAUUCUCUCCUGUAAUUACAUAAUUAAUGAGGAAGGAUAGAGAGAUUGAAUUAAUGCGGGAUGAGCUAUCAUAAUAGAAUUAUUUAAUCGAUGAAUUGUCUUAAUAAAUUCAUUACUUAGAGUAACAACUUAAAGAUAAUGAAACAUUCAAAGAUAAAUAUUAAUCAUUAAGUGAAGAAUAUAAUUAACAAUAAAAAGAUGUAUAAAAAUUAAAAGUGCCUGUUCAAACUACUACAGCUAAAGAAAUUUUAAAUUAAUUUUUAGAAUAGGAUAAAUAAGGAGAAGAUAAUUAAAAAAUAAAAUAUAUUGAGUCUAAUCCUUAUUAUAAACAAGAAUUAUAAGAAUCUAUUUGUAGAGAAUUAGAAUAAAAAGAAAUUUUAGAUAUUUUUAUAAAGCAUUGUAAUUAAAUGAAUGAAUAGAUUAUAUCAAAGAAUUAAGAAAUCCUAUUACUGACAUAAGAAAAGCAAGAUGAAAUUAUUACCUAACUCAUAAAUAAAGAAGAAGAGUUGUUAUUUUAUAAAGAAAAAAGCAGAGUAUUUUAUGAAUUGUUAUAAUGCAAUAUGGAUAUAACUAAAUUAUAUUAAAAGUAGCAUUAAGGAUUGAGGUAAGCUUUAAAAGGUUGUUGGACAAUUAAUAUGGAUUAAUCUUAGUAAAUUGAAUAAGUGAUUAAAUUAUAUGAUAAUGUAUACUAAUAAGGUAAUUCACUUCCUUUUAAACCAAUAUUAGAUUAAAUCAAAAUAUAAUCAAAUCAUAACUAUUCAAAUAAAAUGAUGUCUUAAUUAGAGUUAUUUAUCAAUAAGGUUUGCUAAGUAGAAGGAAAGACUGCUUUUGAUAAAGUUUAGAAGAUGGUUAUGUAAAUUGACAAAUAUCAACAAAUUUGUUAAAAUAUUUAAGAAGAAAAAUAGGAAAUAAUUGAAGAACUAUAAUUUUAUAAAAAUAAAUUAUUAGAAUAAGAUGAAACUAUUAAAGAGUUUGAAAAAUUAUUAAGUUAAAUGGAAGAGAAUUAUAAUUAAUAGUUGAAUACUUAAACUCUGUAAUUAAAUGAAAUUAAUUAAAAAAAUGAAUUGAUUGCUCAUUAUCAAUUAAUUUUAGAUGACUAUAAAUCAUCAAUGUCAUCAAAAUAGGAAUAAAAAUUAAAUAACUAAUAAGAAGGCGAAAUUCAUAAAGAAGAAUAGGUAGAAGAAAUUCUCAAGAUAAUAACUAUGAUUCUUUAAGGUUAUAAUACAUUGACAAAUGAUUAUUAACUUAAUAUUGAUAUAAAUGGAAUCAAUGUGAAUAAGUACAUUAUAUGAAAUAUAUAGAAAAGUGUAAAUAGAGAUUAAUCCUGUUAUCCAUAAUUAUAUAAAUAAAAUAUAAUAAUAAGUUAAUAGUUAAUUUAUGAAUACUGGAAAAAGUUAUUAUGAAUUGACAAAUCAUAUGGUGAAUAGUUUACAAUUAAUGAAAUAAUAAUUGCCUUAACAUCAAUUGAAAGUACAAAUAUAUUAAUAAUUAAUCUAAGAAUUUUAUGAAUAAUGCAAGCAUUGAGUAUAUCGAGAAAUUUAAUUAAAUUAGUUAUUGUUAUUUUAUAAAGUAAGAAAAACUAACCAGUAAUGAAAAGGAUCUUUAUAGAAAAUAUUAUACUUAUAUUCCAAGAUUGUUAGGAGAAUUAAUAGAAAAUUAAACUCAAAUCUUCAUUAAAUUAUUAAGAGAAAAAGUUUAUAAUAGCAUAAUGUGUGAACCUAUUAUUCAAAAUAAACAAUUUUAAUGA